UAUAGGUCAUGCUGACUCACCCAUGGUCCUUACCAUGUCUAUUCUGCAUAAAUGGUCCACCUCAGAUUUUCAAAAUCUCUAUCUUAAUUUAAUGUUUUUCUCCCUCACCCUCUCAUCUAAGGUUUCUCUAUAACUACACAAAGAGAGAAAAAAAUUCAUAUCAAUUAGUAUAUAUAUAUAUCACACUCUUUUGUUGCCAGCAAGAUUUCUAGAAAUGGGUGAAGAGAAGAAGGAAGAAGGAAAGAAAGAAGAAAGUAAAGAGGAAAAGAAGGAAGAAGAGAAAAAGGAAGAAAAGAAAGAUGAAGAACAACUUCCUCAAGAGAUAGUACUCAAAGUUGAUAUGCAUUGUGAAGCUUGUGCAAGGAAAGUUGCAAAAGCAUUGAAAGGAUUUGAAGGAGUGGAGGAGGUGAGUGCAGAUAGUAAGAGCAGCAAAGUGGUAGUGAAAGGAAAGGCAGCAGACCCCAUGAAAGUACUCAAAAGACUACAAAAGAAAAGUGGUAAGAAAGUGGAACUUAUUUCACCUUUGCCUAAACCUCCACAAGACAAAAAAGAAGAAGAAGAGAUCAAAGAACCACCAAAGCCAGAAGAGAAAAAAGAUGAGGGUCCUACUGUGGUAACAAUAGUUCUUAAAAUAAGAAUGCAUUGUGAUGCAUGUGCUCAAGUUAUACAGAAGAGAAUCCGUAAGAUAAAAGGAGUAGAAUCAGUGGAAACAGAUUUAGGGAACGACCAAGCCAUAGUAAAAGGUGUGAUUGAUCCAGCAAAGCUUGUCGAUGAAGUAUACAAGAGAACCAAAAAGCAAGCUUCAAUAGUGAAAGAGGAGGAAGAAAAGAAGGAAGAAGAGAAGAAAGAAGAGGAGAAAAAGGAAGAGAAAAAAGAAGGAGAAGAAGAAGAGAAAAAAGAGAGUGAGGAAGAAAACAAGGAAGAAGAUGAUAAUAAAACUGAAAUCAAGCGUAGUGAAUAUUGGCCAUCAAAAGAUUAUAUUGAUUAUGCUUAUGCACCUGAGAUUUUCAGUGAUGAAAAUCCAAAUGCUUGUUCUGUUAUGUAGACUUGUUGUUAUUUGUAAUGUUUCUGUAUUUUAAUAGCUUAUUAGAUUAAGUUAAUUUUCUAUUUCUAUGUAACAUAGUAUAGUAGUGAAUAUUUUAAGGUUUUUAGCUUUCUGUUGUGUUUAUGAGCUUUCAAUGAAUUUCACUGUCAAAAGAUGGCAGAAUCACUUA